AUGGAUCAGAACAGUGAAGGAAGUUUGAAAAAGACUGGUGGUGUGAAUCUUGACAAACUUCUAAGUGACUUCUCACAGAUAGAAAAGAAAAUUAUAGAAAUCAAUGGAAAGAAUAGCAUACUGGAUAUAAAGUUGGAGAAAACUAGCUGUUUAUUGAAAGUCAUGAAAACAAAAGAGGUCUCAAUUGAAGAAGAAUGCACUACUCUUCAUAAUAUGAUAAAAGGAUUACAGCAGACCAUUGGAUAUCAACAUAAUUUGAAAGCUGAAAAUGAACAACUUAAAAAGAAUGCUGAUCUUAUGAAAGAGAAACUACAAUCUCACAAAAAGGAAUAUGAGAACAAUAUUGCCAAACUUAUUAACGAAAUGAAAAUCAAAGAGGAAGGAUACAAGACAGAAAUAAAGAAACUUUAUCAAGACAUGCAAACGCAAGUUGAAUUAAAUGAAGAAAAGCACAAAGAACUGAUAGAGGAAAAGAAGAUGGAAAUUUCAGAGUUAAAUGCCAAGUUAAGAACUCAAGAAAAGGAGAAACAAAAUGAAAUACUUAAAUUACAAAUAGAGUUUGAUGCCAAACUAGCAAGAGUUCAGACUAAAUCAGCAAAAUCAUAUCUGGAUUCUACAGCUUUGCCACAAAGCAUCUACCGAAGGAAGCUUCAACAUCUUCAAGAAGAAAAAAACAAGGAGGUGUCAGCUCUCCGUGAUACAAUUCGAGAUUUGGAGCGGCGCCUUUCUGCUUCCAAAGAUUGUCACCUUAAGCAUCGACGGUUUUGAUCAGAGCAGU